UAUUAACACUUACGCAAAACAAGCCAGUCAUUUCGUUCGGCUUUUCGUAUUGUUAAUAUAGUUUGCAAUAAAUUUCAUCUUGUAAAAAUUAUAAGCCAAAAUGGACGACUUUAAUGUAACCGACAAACCCGUCAGCACUGGAACCACAAUUAUGGCCGUGGAGUUUGAUGGCGGUGUGGUUGUUGGAGCCGAUUCCCGUACCAGCUCUGGAGCUUAUGUGGCCAAUCGUGUCACAGACAAACUAACACGCAUUACGGACAAAAUCUAUUGCUGUCGCAGUGGAUCCGCUGCCGACACUCAGGCCAUUGCCGAUAUUGUCGCCUACUCAUUGAACUAUCAUGAAAUUCAGACCAACAGAGAUGCCGAAGUUUGGGAAGCUGCCUCUGAGUUCCGUAACUUUUGCUACAACUAUCGUGAUUCUCUGAUGGCCGGCAUCAUUGUGGCUGGCUGGGAUGCACAGCGUGGAGGUCAGGUCUACAGCAUUCCACUGGGUGGCAUGUUGACACGCGAAGCCUGCACCAUUGGCGGUUCGGGUUCCUCAUUCAUUUAUGGUUUUGUUCGUGAACACUACCGCGAGGGCAUGCAGAAGGAGGAGUGCGUUGAGUUCGUUAAGAAGGCCGUCCAACAUGCCAUUUACCACGAUGGUAGCUCCGGCGGUGUUGUACGCAUUGGCAUCAUCACCGAAGAUGGAAUCGAGCGUCGUUUAUUCUUCAAUACCGAAACAGGCCUGCCCGAAGUCUCGGAGCGAAGUGAAAGCUCCUUUAUUGUCGCUGCGUAAAAUCUGGGAUCAUAAAAAGUUCUAAACUGUCUUUUUCAAUAAAAAUAAAAUAUAUAGAAAUUCGGCAUAGUGUGAA